AGUGGAAUUCUUUCACGUCCUGUGAGCGAAUGAGAUUGGUGAAAGCUUGGAUGUGCAUCAAAGUGGCCAAGCUUCCCCCGGAUAACGCCGCCGGCGCCAAUUUCGGGCACCCUGAAGACGGCGGCGGCGGAGAGUACCCAGUGUUUGCUUCGCCGGCGCCGGUGGAAUCAUCGUUGCUGACCUCGUCGUUCUUGGAGAAGGAGAGGUCGGAGAUGGUGAAAGUCCUUGCGCGUGUGAUUGCCGGAGACCGCGCUGGUGUCGGCGGGCAGAAGAGGACUAGGGAGAGCUUCUCGGCAAUCAGCGACGAAUUUCCGAGGUUCCACUUCAGCUCUGCGGAGCCGUCGUCGUCAAUUAGCGGAACAGAGCAUGCCCGUGCUGGAGAAGCGGGGAGAAUCGCUUCCCCCUCCACUGCCUCCGGAGCAGAGCAAGGAGGGAGAAGAAAAUACAGGGGAGUCCGUCAGCGUCCGUGGGGGAAAUGGGCGGCGGAGAUACGCGAUCCGCUCAAGGCCGCCCGCGUCUGGCUCGGCACCUUCGACACAGCCGAGGGCGCCGCCCGAGCCUACGACGAGGCCGCCCUCCGCUUCCGGGGAAGCAGAGCCAAGCUCAAUUUCCCCGAGGAGGCUCAGCUCCUGCUACCUUCCCCUGCCUCGUCGACGCAAGCCCCGCCGACGGAUUCCGCUGCUCUAGCUGCCCUCCUGGAGCCGUACCCCGACGGUGACGCCGCCGACGAUGACAUGAGGGAAUACUUGGAGUACUUGAGGCUUCUCGAGGGAGAAGGAGAACACCGGAGCACGGCGGCGACGCACUCCGCGGCUCCUUCUACCUCGGCCGCUGACGUUGCUCCCUUCCACGAUACAGUUAAGAAAUAGAGCACGAGGUGUGGAAUUUAUUCAAUCUCCGGCAAUUGGAAUGAAUCCGGUCGCCCAUCUUCCUUU